GGCUAAAUUUGAAGAGGAGCCUUGUAAACAGUAUAUAAGCUAGCUAACCAUUCCAAUAAAAUGGCAGCUGCAAAUCUUGGCGGGAUUUGACAAUUAUUACUACUGAUUUUGUUCUGCUUUAUGCUAAUCCAGGCGUGACUCGUGGUGCGCAGUCGUCUUCUUCCACAGCGACUGGAUAGAUAUAGAAAAACACUGUUUACUUUUCUAGAAACCAUCUAGAAGAAACUCACAGCUACUUGUGCCGCCGCUCUUUUCCAAUGGCGAUGGCGAUGCGUUGUGCUGCUACCACCCUCCCGCCGCUGUGGUGCCGCUUGCUACUCGCGAGGAAGAUGGCCUACCUUCCAUCGCCGUAUGCUCUCGACAUGACCAAGGAUCAUAUGUCGGAGCGCGAGCACUCCCUGGAAAACAUGUACUUCUGGAAAAAGGAGCGGGAGCUCCUCAAGAAGCUCGCCAAGAAGGCCGGAAUCGAGGUCGAGGAUACUCGACAAGUGGUGCCGCCAAUUGUCCCUCUGCCAAACUCGGCUUUUACAGUCACUCUCUUGGGGCUGGAGAACGAGGAGCUUCGAGCUGCAGAGGGAUGAAAGUUCCAAGCAAGGAGAAGCUUGAUCGACUUGUAAGAUGUGUGAUAUAUAACUCCAAUGUGAAGAGAUAAAGAAGAAAAUUUGCUCAA